AUGGAACCCGACUACACGGACCCAAGCCACGAAUGGUGGGCCCGGCCAUCGGACGGCUACUUGGUUCCACUCGUGCUUCAGUGCGGCCAAGAGCCGGACGUUCUGCCCGAGACAUCGAGAUGGUCGCGCCUGGGAAAGUUACCUUCCCGAGUCUCGCCAGUUUUGCGCGUCUCUUACUGGACCGGCUCAUCUUUAUUUGUUCCUGGGACAAGGAAGUACAAUAUUAGCUUUUACACACUAGUGGUGACAGCGCUGAAGCUCCUCGUGGCAUGGCCGGUGCUUUGUAUGCUGGUCUGCUGGGCCGGGAAUCUUGGGACAACUGUACAACAGCUUGUCGAUGCUCGCAACAAAAAGGACUCACGCUACGAUAACGUAUGCGUUCUCUCAAGGGAGGAAAGCAUCCAGAAGAGACCGUUUCCAGGUCGACAUCUGGUAGAGCAAGAUGCCAUCCUUUCUGGUCCCCUGCAAGAAGCAAGGCCUCCAGCAUCAGAGCAGCAUUACACCGAUAACAUCAGGUUGAGCGGGUCUCUGCCACCUUCAGGGUCACGCGUCGACAGCUCGCCAACUUCUCUUCGUCCACGAUACCUAUGCUUCGUCAGAGACUUUGAACAAGGCAUAUACGAGACAGUCAAGGUUUCCGACUACCUCGCGCAGCAUGGAGACGAUGUAGACCUCGAGUUCGUCUUCGUCUCAUACACCAGGCUCCAGUUCAGGGUAGCUACUGAGGAGGAACUCAACAAGCACGACUACCAAGACGAAGCUACCAGGAACGCUAACAAAAAAGUUGCACGACAGGAUCGAGAGAUCUUGGCCAAAUGGGGCAUGGAUGCCGCAAAAAGGGUGGGCAAAAGGGCAUUCUGGCUCGACUUCGAGUGUGUUAGGAACGACGACGGCAUCGCACGAUCGACGAGUAGUAGUCAGGACGUCUAUCGAAUUUGCGACAUUGUGCGCGCGGCACAUUCAAUGAUCAUCGCCAUCGGGCCAUCCGCAAACGACAAGGUUGCCUCAAUCCUUGCCAGCACUGAGCCUCCUGAGUACAAGCGUGAGAACGUCACGCCGUGGUUACGGCAGUGGGGAUCCCGCCUGUGGACGCUGCCGGAACUCCUACUUUGCCCAGGGGAAUAUCGCAUACGACUCUAUGUCCUCGGGGACCAAGCGGAACCUAAGGAAUUGGCGAAACGCAACUUCGCUGAGCGGGCAUGGGACGACGCGGAGGCUGUGAAGGAACUCGUGGACCACUUUGAAGGAUCCGCGAUCCUUACCGACCUUCGGCUCAUCGAAGCUGCUCUCGCUUGUUUCUCGAGGCGUCAGACGGAUCAAUUCAACAAGAGAGACAUCGCAUACGCAACAAUGGGUCUGUUCCCCAACCGCCAUCGACCCCCAGUGAACAAAGAAGACUCCGGGUUCCAGGCCUUUGCCAAGCUCUCCAUCGCCAAUGAUAGUGGAGCCUUCCUCAGCAGGUUGAUAUCCCUCUCCCAGCCAGACGGAGCCCCAUGGCACCGGGUAGAAGAUACCUGGGGUGCUAGGCUCAGCGAGAUCUUUCCAAGCGUCAGUAUAACUGGCGUGGUCGGCGCCGAUACAGUCAUGCUGGAUAAGGUUCACGGUGCGACGAUUCAUUGGGACAACCUCGAACCAGAGCCUUAUUUCGACAGGAGCUUCGGGAUGCGUUAUGUCGUUUUUGUCGGCUUCACGUACUUUGCAUGCUUCUCCGUCCCUAUGGCAUUCUCUUUCUUCACUGGUAUUGCCAGCAUCGUACUAUCAGACUUUAUGCGAUUGUCGAUCUGGCAGGUCUACAUGUGGCUCCUUCCUCUUGCCGUGGUCUUCGCUCUUUUGUUCCCCAUAGUGUUGAUCUCAACACGAGGCAGAGUCAAACAGCCUGCCAAGUCCCGACUCAUCGGCAUAGAGGGCAUUGUCGACUCUGCGAGCAUUGAGAAGCAUCUAUGGGGGUUCAAUCAUGGCAAUCUCAGCACCACGAACCCGCAACAUUACAGCGAUGAAGAUGACCGACGAGACCCACCAACAUUGCUGCAGCCCUCCGGGCCGCCUGCCGGAAGCGGCACUUUUGCUUUCACUCUGGUGGAUACGUACUUGAUGACGGUCACGCACUUCCACUGCCGUAUCCCACCAGUCGCUAUACUCGAAUGUGGCUCUGAAGGUGGUCUGCAGCGAACUCUUCUCUGCUCUUACGACGCUCGGACAAACACGUUCCAUAGGCAAGCUGUCUUGAGAGUGAAUCGUCGAGGGGUCGAGCAGCUGCAUCGUAUCGAUAGGAUCCGGCUGUCUUUGGCACCCCACCCCCAACCCAAGGAGCAGACACACGACACCAUACAUGAUGCAUCGUCAUCCUCUUCCUCCAAUAACGAUAAUCUACCUGUGCAAGCGCAAAACAACAUAGCCAAGACCUCGACUCUUAUCACUACUUCUCACACAUGGGGAGUAGAGUUCCUCUUCUUCGCACUAUGUCUUGCCGGACUGAGCACUCUCGGUCCAUCUAAUUCCGCCAGGCCAUCCGCAAUCUUCAUCUUUCAUACUGGUCCCUCGUGGGGCAACUGCCAGGCUUCAUUUUGCUGCAUUCUAGUCAGCGUUGUGAGAGGCGGCACGUUGUUCCACAAUAUCGCCGUAUUGCUCUCCAGGGUCCACGCCAUCUUGAGAAGUUGUCUCGCGUUGACGCUCGUCAAGUACAUGAUAAAAUGGUAUCCCAUCCAGGAGUUACCACUGCGCUUCCUCUUUUGGAACGUUGCCUUCGAAGGGCUUGUUGGCUCGCUUGGGUCAUUACCAGAAAUCACCUUCCACAAAACUUCUCUGACUAUCGACAUUGGCGGUAUCAUCUUCUUCACCAACAUUAGCCUACUGUACUACGCCAUACAGGUUGGCUUCUCAAAUCUUAUCGGAGGGCCAAAGGAUGUUACCUGGCUUCUUCCGCAUCAGAAACUCUACUACUCACAGCGUGCGGCUUCUGAGUCGUUCUACGCCAAAGCAGCGGGGGCUGUUUGGUGGAAGCACCAGCAAUCGUUGUCCAACGCUUUACAAUCAUUCUUGGUCUUUUCCAUCGCCCUGGCGAUGUCUCUCACCUCUCAGGGUGUCAUUCACGAAGACCCUGUCAGCGGAGUGGGUGCUGUAUUCAUCAGCAUCCUCGCUGGUCUCUUGAUUUACAAAUUGCCAUCGGCGCUCUUCAUUGUCAUGGUUUUAGUCGCGACAACGUCGGGUCUCUUGAGCGUCCUAGCCGUUUCUGGCUUCAGCUUUCUUGAAGCUAGUCCUUUCCAAUUGCUGUGGAGAAUUAACGAAGCAGCUUUGCCUCUUCUUUGGGCCUUCGUGGUCCGCCAAUCGGCAUCGUUGACCGGAGCGCUGGGACCAGUGUCCCUGUCUUGGAUAGGCUGGUCAGUCGGCCAGAUAAUCAUAGACUACACGGACAGCAUCUCGACCUUUGCUGCUCAACUAACGCUUCUAAUUGGGCAGAUUAUCUUGUGGGCUCUGCUGUGGGUUGCGUGUGGACGUGAGAGCAGGAUCCGAUUGCCCGAGCAUUCACAAGGUAUCUUUGCGGCAUCGGAUAGAGAUGUUGAAGACCAAGACAGCGAGCGGAGAGAGGACAGUCAGUGA